AUGACCACCAGGUCGCACGGCCGAGUGACCACGGUCACCUACGCCGACCGAUAUGAUGAUCCGCUUUCUUAUUUUUUGCGUCCACCACCGGGCGAGACGCCUGAAGAGCAAACGAGGAGGAUCGAGGCCCAGCAGGAAGCUCUGCGGAUCUCCAAGGAAAUCGAUGCCGCUAUAGCAGAGGACAAGAAGGCGCUGGACAGGAAGCGCAAGGCCACCAAACUCUUGUUGCUCGGCCAGUCCGAAUCCGGCAAGAGCACCACGCUACGGAAUUUCCAGCUCGUCUUCGCUCCUAACCACUUCCGGCGGGAAAGGGCAGCGUGGAAAACGGUCAUACAACUUAACCUUAUCCGAUCAAUCAAGAACCUGCUGGACGUGAUUCAGAAUGAGCUUGAUUCGUAUCAGUCGCUGCAGCAUUCGCCGACUCACCGACAAUAUCCGCAUCCGCCGUGGAGCUCACAUGGCCAGUCGAUAUCUGGAUCGCCUCCGCAAGGCCGACCGAGGAGCGCGACGCGGUGGUUGAACGAUGAUCAUCGACGGAUACGCAUGCGGCUGUCGCCACUGAUUUCGAUCGAGCAAACCCUCACACGCAAGCUCAUGCCGUCCAUUUCGGAACAUGGAAGUCUUGCUGCGACUACCACCUCGUACACGUACAGCAAUGCGACCCAAGCCAACUCCGAAGGGGUAAGCUCCACCCGCAGGCGAUCGGUUCAGGAAGUCUGCGUUCGGGCGGGUAGCGGCUGGAAGGGGAUUUUGACCAAGGCGACGGGCAACCAGCUGCAUACUCGCACGUCUUCCGACACGAGCAGCUUCUCUGGCUCCGACGAAUGGAGUGAACCGUCGGAGAAGGAGCGGGUGAGGAAGGGCUCCCGUCCUGUCACCGGCAAUCGGGACGAUCCGACCAUGGCGCUCGCGCAGUGCAAGGACGAUAUCGUUUCUCUAUGGGAAGAUCCGAAUGUGCAGCAAGUGCUCAAGAAAUGGGGCGUUCGGCUACGGGAGAUGCCAGGCUUUUUCUUGGACGACGUGGCGCGAAUAGCGACGGUGGACUAUGAGCCGACGGAGGCGGACGUUUUACGAGCGCGUGUACGAACGUUGGGCGUCGAAGAGCAUCGCUUCACCGUGGAGUCUGGUACGAGUCGCGGGACAUUUGUACCCUCAACCGGACUAAGCUGGGGGACGGUGAUAGACGACGUGAACGCCAAGACAGGCAGUGAAUGGUACAUUUACGACGUUGGUGGAAGCCGAAGCUUGCGGGCCUCGUGGGUCCCGUUCUUCGACGACGUGCAGGCGAUCAUCUUCCUUGCGCCACUCGCGUUCAACUUGAUGCUGGAGGAAGACCCUCUCGUGAAUCGGUUGGAGGACUCCGUGACCCUGUGGAAAGCCGUCUGCGCCAACCCGCUCAUCGCAAAGGCCACCUUGAUCCUGUUCCUGAACAAGAUGGACAUCUUGGACGAGACCCUCAAGGCAGGCGUCCAGGUCAAGCGAUACGUUCCGAGCUUCGGAGACCAACCUAACGAACUGCCAUACGUGGUGAAAUAUUUCAAGGACAGGUUUAUGGCCUACCAUAAACGCCUGUCUAACAAGAACCGUCCUUUCUUCUGUCAUGAGACGUCCGUCGUCAAUGCUACAAAUACCCGGAUCAUCCUCCUGGAAGUUCGCGAGGGUCUUCUUCGCCGCCAUCUUUCCCAAGCUACACUAGUAUAA